UGAAAUUCCUAGCUGUGGUUUUGGAUAAACUGGAUUUGACAGUACACAGCAGUCAACAUUUCUGCCUUGAGCGCUCUUGGCACCAAUGUAUACCCCGCAGGUGCUGUUAGACAGCAAUGCUGAAAUAUUGAAGGUCGCCAGUGGUUUCCGACCAGACUUGAUAGUCUCUGCGUCCUACCGGAAAAAAAUUACUGCAAGCGUGUUGAAUUUGUGCCCUGAUUGUGUAAACUUUCAUCCCUCGUUGCUGCCCAAACACCGUGGCUGCUGGUCUGGUUUUUGGUGCAUUUUUGAUGGUGACACAGAGACCGGGGUGACCUGCCAUCGAAUGGUGGAGGACUUUGAUGCGGGCCUCAUUCUGCAACAGGAGCGGCUCCAAGUAGAAUCAACUGACACGUCAUUUUCAGUGUACAAGAAGCUCUUGCCUGUCACAGCCAACUGUGCACGUGCAGUGUUCUCCCACUACUUUUCUUCCACUGGCUUGCCACCAGGUGAAGUACAAAGAGGGGAGAGCUCUUAUCACUACAGGAAGCUACCAUUCGAAGGUCUUAUUCAACCAGAAUGGUCCGAGGAGCAGGUUGAGCGCUUCAUCCGGGCAAUGUACUUCCCUCCAUUCGAUGGCGCGGCAUUGCUGGUGAAUGGCCGGCCCAUGCCUGUGGAGUCGUUGGAGGCGUAUCGUUGUUUGCAGCGCAGCAGUGCGGCAUCGCCAAUGGUCGAGCCGCAUUCCUGCGCUCCAACGCAGGAUCAUAGUGUCGUAUUGCCUUGCUGAAGAGUCUGGCAAGGAAAA